AAUCACGCGAUUACAGAGCGCCGAGCCGUGACACAUCAAAUUACGCUAUCUCGUCCGGAACCCGCGUCGCCGUGCUAGCCGCACGUCUCAGCAGGCCUGAAAAGAUUCGGCCGUAUCUCUCCGCUCGGCUCGUCCGAAAGCUCCAAGGUCGGGGAAGACCUCCGCGACCCGCACCGCGCACGCCGUUGUUACCCAAUACGUAGCCUCUGCUACCAGCGAAAACAAAACGUGCGACGUCACCCUGGGCCCGCGAUCGUCACCGCCGCUUCUUUCGUAAGUGGCAUCAAAGAGCACUUCCACGCCUGUCCGAAACGAGGGCGAUUCUAACGCGGCCAAGUCGACAACAAGAGCCCCGGCGUCGUGACGUCACAUCUCGCCGGGCAGCCAGCCGUGCAGCAAGCAGAGGCAGCAUCGGCGACAGUUAUCCGAGCCUUAUCGAGAGCAGCGGGGGAAGACGCUACUUCCCUGGGGAGAGAGGAGGAUCGCGAGGACCCCGAGGGCGUGUUAGCGCCGCGGUUCCCGUUCCGGGCGUUGAUUGGUCCGGGCGUAGCAUAAAGUGUACGAGGCCGCAGUGGUUCCUUCAUACCAGGUUGAAGUCGAGUAUCGCGCUGACGAACCUCAUACAUGCGAAGUUGGCAAGCCGCACUUUUGCAGCCAUGGAAGUUUGCAAAAAAUUUCUCCUUUCGGGAACCGGGAGGCGCCUUCUCUCAUGCCGUGCCCUAGGAAGCGAUUCCUCCAUCAAAGGUUCCGCUGCUCGGUCAGUCCGCUGCAUGAGCACGGCCCUUGCCGAGGAACCCGAAGAGAUUACCCUGCCCCCUCCCAAGAUCAAGGACGUGUACAAGGCCAGUGAGAACACGCUCUGUGUUACGUUCUCCGACAACAGCAAAUGCCUCUUCAGCAGUACCUGGCUUCGGGACAGCUGCAAAUGCCAGGCCUGCGUUCAUCCCCCGACUCAAGAGAAACAACUGGACAGCGCUAAAAUCGACCCGAAGAUCCAGCCCCUGUCGUGGGACGUGGAGAACAACUUCCAUCGUCUCGAGGUCUUUUGGCCGCAGUCGGCCCGGCGGCCGCCGCACGCAAGCACGUACACGGCCGAGUGGCUACACCAGUUCACCACCGUGUUCCAGCCCAAAGAGGCCCCGGCCGAGACCGCCGUGUCCGCUGCUCCGGCCCAGGACCAGCAGCCGCCGCAAGACGAGAUCACAGACGAGGUUUACAUCAACAAGAAGUCGAGCGUCAUCCUCUGGAACCGCGACGAGAUCGAGGAGAACCCUCCGGAACUAGAGUUCGAUGACUUCAUGGGCACGCGAGCUGGUCUCAAGAAAAUGCUCAAGAACGUCUGCAAGUACGGGAUCUCCAUCCUCAGAGGCGUUCCAUUAAACGAGCACCAGAUCGUGAACGUGGCACGGCGGAUGGGCUACAUCCGAGAGACCGGUUACGGCGUCACGUUCGACGUGAAGUACAACGCAGACCCCAAGACGCACCUGGCAUACACGGGUCUGCAGUUCGGCCACCACACGGACCUGGCCUACCGGGAGCGGGCACCUGGGGUUCAGCUCCUGCACUGCCUCAAGGCCGCUGACCCGGCCAGCGCCCAGGAGCAUGCCGGCGGCAAGUCGUUUUUCGUGGACGGAUUCUACGCAGCCCAGUGGCUCCGUUACAACUACCCGCAACACUUCGAGACGCUGUCGAAGACUCCCGUGAUAUUCUCUUUCCUGGACUCUGAUCGGGACAGGUGGUUCCGAGAAUCCUGGCCUGUGAUCAGCGUCGACCACAUGGGAAAGCUGAAGGACAUCCACUACAGUCUGUUCUCCAUGCGGCCGCCCCUUCUGCCCCAGGACAAAGUUGCAAACUACUACCAGGCACUGCGGCUGUUUUCCCAGAGGAUCGAGCAGAGCACGCUGCAGUACUCCUUCUACCUCACUCCCGGCGAUCUUGUGGUCAUCAACAACAGGAGGAUCCUUCACGGCAGGACCGGGUUCGAACCUUCCAAAGUGGAGAGGCAUCUCAAAGGCUGCUACAUGGAUUUGGACGAGCUGAAAUCCCUGUACGAAAAAAUGAGAAAAGACGACGACCUGUAAAUAGGCAUCCCUCAUCCUUGUAAAUAGUAUCAUAUUUUAGUUUUUAUUUUAUGCAAACUGUGGGAGUGGUUGAAUAAACACAUACCAUGGAUUA